GGGGAGCGCCGGGCGGAAGCGGCGGGGGAAGCCGCGCUCGGCCCCGCCGGAACGGAGCGAGGGAGCGCUGGAGGCGGCUGAGCGCGGCUCUCCGUGCCCGCCGGAGCCCCGCGCUGCCGGGGAGUUGCUGCUGUUGUUUUAAGGACAUUGGUGUGAACAUCAUAGUGAUAGUUCACCUUGAUCAUCAGUGGAACAAACUCCACAAGAGAUGGAGGACACGGAGCCGUGGUACUCUCAGAAGGUGUAUGCCAGGUACUGGAGGCACUAUGACUUAGCCAUGCGCUGGAUGCGCCGGCACCAGAAAGCCUACAGGAAAGCCAUGGAGUCCUUUUACCGCCUGCCGUGGCAUCCCUGGCAUCCUGCUGCAGCCUCUCCAAGCAGCCACUACUCAGAUUGGGAUGGGAAUGAUCUCCCAUAUAUCCAAAACUAUUCUUCCAGCUACAGACCAGAUGUCAGAGUCCCGUGUCACGGGGGAGCUCAGCAGUAUGCAGGUGCCUACCAGGAGAGGGAGGAUGCUGAUGAGGACUCUGAAAUGGAAGAGGAUGCUGAAAGGGACUCUGAAAUGGAGGAAGACUCUGAGUCUGAAGGAGAGAUAGAGUAUGACUUGAGUAACAUGGAGAUCACAGAGGAGCUUCGCCAGUUUUUUGCAGAGACAGAGAGGCACCGAGAAGAGCUGCGGAGGCAGCAGCAGCUGGAAGCUGAGGACCCCUACGUGGAGGCUGAUCAAGACCUGCACAGGCGGGUGGAGCGUUCUGUGGAGCCGCCCACAGAAAGACCAGGGGAGAGGCGCAUGGCAGAAAUGAAGAAGCUGUAUGGUGCUGAAGCUGCCAAAAUCCAGGCAAUGGAGGCUGCCCUGCAGCUUAUCUUUGAUAGGAACUGUGACAAAAAGCAGCCCAAAUACUGGCCCAUUAUUCCCCUUAAGCUGUGAGUACCUGCACUGUGCUCUGACGUGGCACAGUGCUAUAGGGUCAGGUGCCUCAGGUUGGGCUGCUGAAAGAACAAACGGCAAGUUUUGGUUUUGGGCUUUGAGGGAGAGUCUGGCAAGGACAAUAUGUAUUUCUUUAGCCUUUUUUUCUUUUACAGUGUCUGUCAGUGAUGUUCACAGUCCAUUCAACACACAUACAGUUGUCAAGUAGUAAUAGGAGGGACAGGAAUAUCAAGCCUGUCUAAAAUUCAAUCAUUUGAUACCCGCUUGCCUUGACCGCACAUGCAAGAAACAUAACAAUGUUCAUACCCAGUGAACUGGGAAAACUUAAAGCAAUGCAGAGAAGAAAAAGACUUUACGAAUUGUCUGGUCUUCCUGUUUAGGAAUUUGAGUGAUCCCAUUUUCUAGUCUUAUUUAACAUAGUAGUAUUAGGAUCUUGUUUCACACAGCAUAGCUUGAAGUGUUAUGUCUACUAAUCUUGGAUUUUUUUGAGAAUCAGGAGCCCACUGGCCAAGAUACAGCUUAUCAAAUUACCAUAGCCCAGACACUGGAAUUCUUUUUCAAAGGUUUAUAAUAAAGCAGGAAGUUUUUCUUCCAGACUGAUACUUGUCUGGCAGGAGUUUGACUCUAAAGCAACAUUAUAUAGAAAAAUGUUUUAAUGAAGGGGUGGGAGGAUCGGGCAGAAGCCUGAUGUGGUCGUCUGUUAGAGAUCUGUUCAGCAGAAGAGAGACUUAAGAGGACACAGCGCUAUUGGAGCCGGUGCCUACAAUGAUUUUUGCCAUUCUAAUAAAAAGCAGCAAUGGACUUGUGAAGACUUGAAGCUUUAAAUAAGGCUUAUUAGGGUGAUAGACUAUAUCUGACCAAUGUUUACAGAGCUGUGGAAGCCAGGUAGCCCUCUGGGCUCUAUGUCUGUUUUAGGUGCAGGUUUCCAAUGGCCAAGAGCAUAGGACGUGCACAAAAUUUAAAUAUAACAAGUAGAUGUGUUUUCAUCCAUCUGCACAGAGAUGUGCCUCUGUGUGUGCUCAUCCAUCUGCACUAGCUGGUUUGGUUCUGCUUCUAUCACUCCUUACUUUGGGCCAGUUGUGUUUGCCCCACACUGAGUGAGGCACACUGGUGGUUUGUGUAAGAGAGGCUGAACUGGCCCCUCAAAACGUGUAGCUCCUUAGAAAAUGGUACCCUGAAUGCUUAAAAGGACUCUGUGAGAAGCUCUGCUGAUAAAUAUUCUUGUGGAUUGAAGGGCAGUAGUCUGUGACAUUACUGCAUUUCCAUACCAGGGCAAAAGAAUCGUCUGCUGGUUUCAUAGUGACAUACUCAUCUGCCUUCCUGGCAACAGAGGAAGGUUACAAUUAAAAUUUUAACUUCAAUUCAUGCUGAGUUUCCUGAGUUUCUCUGUAGCAUUAGUGUAGUUUGUAAUAUACUCAGCAGUUGCUGUGCCCUCUGCAGCAGCCAGCUGCAACAAAGUAAGUCUGCAGUGCAGUUUGGAAUAUCUUUGCUUUCAGUAGUACUGUUUUUUCAAAGCAGAAUUUCCAUGUCAGUUCCACCUCUUUAACAGAUGAAGUUAAAUUGAACACUGAAAUGAAAAAACCUCCAGUUUCCAAAACUUACUUCUGGUGUGUUUAAUCUGAAAAAUUUCAGUGAGACAGGAGAGAGAAAAGGAUUCUUAACAGUUCUGCAUUUGUUGUCACUCUUGUUUUUGGUGGGUUUUGUCAAAAAAUCUGUGUUUUGUUUGGGUUUCCUUCCUUUGACCAAAUAAAUUUUCUUCUUAACACCUUGUAA